AUGACGUCGGUGGAGUUCCCAGUGGGUCGCUGUAUGGAAUGCAAUAUGGACGCAAUGUAUUUAGACCGUAUCCUACUGGAACACUUUGCAUUGCGCGUAUGUAUGACAUGUAAACAAGAUCAAACGCUUCAUCAUGGCGCGUUUGAGCUCGUGUCCAAAUCUCGUGCGCGUGUUGAAUACGCACUACCUGCUUCGUGUUUCGAGGGGUUACCAUGUUUACGUAAGCGUAAUCCACACCAUGAAGCAUUUGCUCCUCUACAACUUUAUUUACGCCGACAAUUAAUACAAGAAGCUGAUCGAUUAUAUGGAAAUAAAGAGGGACUAGAACAAGAGAUACAAAAGCGCAAGAAAAAGGCCUUUCAAGUCGCCGCAAAGAGGACAAACCAUCUUUUGAAACGAAAGCAUUUACUGCGAGGUGAUCAAGAUAUUGAGCAGAUGAUACAAGAAGAAAAGAAGAAGACAAAAGUACAGGAUGUACCACUAGUAGCCGAUACGGAGGACCAUUGUCAUGAUUUUAAAACGGAGAAAUUCCAUGAAGAAACGAAAACCUGGACGAAAACAUGUGAGUGUGGUAUGCACGUGGAAUUUGAACAAUGGUGA